GAUCUAUUAAGUUUAUGUACUAAAUUGUGAUUUGUAUGUGAACUUCCAUGGAAGCAACCUAAAAUAUUAAGAGGGAAGGGAAAGGAAAAGCAUAUGACAAGUCAGAAGGGGGGGAAUGGGAAAGAGAAGCUGACUCGACUCUACUGUCACUCCAGGAAUUGGCCAAGUGUAACCACUUCCUAAAGCGUAGUAUAGCGGGUUUAGGUUUAAUUAUCAACCCGGGUCCUAGAUCUGAUGACUACUCAGUGAAUUCUUGUUAUCUAGCAAUGAAACUGGAAUGCAAGUUUAACUAACAAACUAACAAAGCAAGUAAACGGUUGUAUUCAGGUUAAAGAGGUCACCCGGAUAUGGUUCCCCCUAGACUGCAGUUAAGCCGGAUUGUAAUUACCAAGUUCAGUUUCUAUGAUAGUUAUACUGUGGAAGGUUCUUAAACAGUCUGAAGUCUCGACUAAAGGUCUUCAGACCCUCUCAAUCUGAAUCUCUAGCGGGCGACUAACCUCCACUGGAGUAGACAGAUUGAGGCCCUAAGAACAAAACCUCCACUACCGGGGUAAAUCCGGUACAGAAUAGUGAGUUGGCUCCUCGACUAAAGUCACCAACUCCCUACCUUCAAUCAAGGAUACUCUAUUAACCUAGGCAGAUAUUCUCAUUCUAGGUUAAAGCAGAAACAACAGGAAUUUGAUCAGGAUUCAGUCAUUCAAUCAUUAAAACCUCAAUCGAAUAUAAUCAAUCACAGAAUCAGUACUUGGGUUCAUACAAUCAAAGCCUAACAUACAAAUCUAGGGUUCUCCAUACCCAGAUGAAUGGGAGAACUACUCCAUAGAGAAGAAAGCAAAAGCAGAAUCAGACACGGAAUUCAUACUGCGAAGGAUGGAUUCCUGCUUCUGGACGUUGAUUGGCACUUCUCCAAGCUCAAGCUGGCCUCCAAUGGUGUUGAAGAUCAAUCUAGGGCACUUGGAGACUCUUGUUCGUCGCUUUCUCUCUCUAGAAAUCGUUCUCUCUCUCAAAAACUCCAAUCCUCCCGAAUUGUGGCUGAAAUUCUGCUUAAAAGGAGAAAAUCCCGACUCACACGGCCAGGGUGGCACGGCCGUGCAGCUCACCCAGUUGCCCGUGUGAGUCAAAACGCAUCGUUUCAUUUAGUUCGAAUUCCAGGCUCUUUGCACGGCCAGAAUGGCACGGCCGUGUGGACAUCCCCUCUUGCCCGUGUUUGCUCUCGCAGAAUAUGGCACGGCCAACCCGGCCACUCGCACGGCCGUGUCGAUCCUCUGCUCUGCCCGUGUGUGCUCUGGGCAAAACUCGCACGGCCAGGCCAUUACUUCACACGGCCGUGUGAACAUCAGGGCAGCCCGUGUGACCUCCUUUGUGACUUGUCUCGCACCCGAUCUUCACCCAAUCGACCCCGAACUCGCUCCUAAACCUUCAUUCACUUGCCAGGACCUGGAAUAUCACAAACAAGCACAACCUAGCGUGAAAUCGGUCUAAAACACGAGAAACCACCUCUCAAACGGUGUAAGAACAGGGGUGAAAACAUGUGUAACUAACGGUCUAUCAAACUCCCCCACACUUAACCGUUUGCUUGUCCCCAAGCAAACCAAGUCAGACACAAGGUAAGCUCAAAACAACAAGGCAUGACAUAUCGGCACAAAACACGUGGAUCAUACUGGCUUUCGAUCAGUAACACAUGGACAACUUCAAUGACAACCUAGACAACCACCACUGAUGACAUUCGAAUGCAGCAAAAAUCGAGCAAAGGAAGAGUUUCCCUUCUGUUCACCAACCAACAUAGACUUAACUCAACCACUUGUUCAAAACAGUUACAUCAUGCACAAACUUCAAGGUAUCAGAAGUAAGACCGAGCAAUCAAGGUCCUCACCGGGAUAAAGAGUAUAAAGAAUA